AUGUCCUUCUCUCAGUUUGGAUAUCCCUACAGCACCACUUCGCAGUUUUUUGUGUCUGCCAGCCCCAGUACGACUUGUUGUGAAACCGCCUCCAGAUCCGUGCCGGAUGUUUCCUCUGGAUCUGCCCAAGCGGCUACUCUUUGCUGCCCCUCUUACGAAAACAGGCUGCUGGCCAGCACCCGGACGGAACUCAAUGCAGCUCUGGGAAUGUACAGCUCUCCCUAUUCAGCAGCCACAGCGAGCCAAGGUUAUGCCAACUACCUUCCUUACAGCACAGACCCAUCAACUCUUUACACCACACUGAACCCUCAGUAUGAAAUUAAGGAUGGCACCAGCAGUUUGCACUCGGGAUUCGCACAGCCUGCUGCUUUCUACCCCUACGAUCCUUCCUUAGGGCAGUACCAGUACGACAGGUAUGGGACAGUGGAUUUCAGUGGCUCAGCCAGGCGCAAAAAUGCAACUCGAGAGACAACCAGCACCCUUAAGACCUGGCUGUACGAACACAGAAAAAACCCUUAUCCCACCAAAGGGGAGAAAAUCAUGCUGGCCAUCAUUACCAAAAUGACUCUGACUCAAGUGUCCACUUGGUUUGCUAACGCCAGACGGAGGCUCAAGAAGGAAAACAAAAUGACCUGGUCUCCCAAGAACAAAGCAGAAGAGAGAAAAGAUGAAAACAAGGAAGAGGAAUAUGGCACCGAAAAUGAAGGCAAAGCAGGUCAGAAAAGCUUUAAGGAAGAAAAGGAAUUGAGACUGAGCGACCUGGACGAUUUAGACGAGGAUGAAGACAAGAGUGCACACCCGGCGGCUCCCAGUGCCAGCUCUGCUUUGCCCGAGCCUGAGAAAAGGGACUGCAGCCUGACCCCACCCAGCAAUUUCCACCCUCCCCCCUGUAACAAAACCAUGCCGGGGGCCGGGGGCGACUUUUCAGAGACCAUGGGGCAAAAGACAGCCAGCGUGGUGGGCACCGUGAGUCCGGGGCAGCAAUACGAAACCACAGACAAGCCCAGAAUCUGGUCGUUAGCUCACACCGCAGGGGCCAAUGUUAUAGUUGGCCGCACACACUCCGACCCAAGGACAGCGAGCCCUGGCUGUUUGCUCGGCCGGGGAAGACGCUCUGUGUCUGGACACUGCCCAGAGGCGAGACCCCUGGCCAGUCUCAGAGCCCCGCCCGUUGCGGACAGUUCGUUCGAAGAACUGCCCCAGGCCACCAAGAUUUUUAGAAAUUCCUCUUUCAACCUGCAGUCUAUCCAGCUAAGCUGUGCUUCCUAUCCUAUCCUGGGGGAGCCGUGCCAGUACUCUUCAGGAGCCGAAGGCUUUGGGAGAAAUGUGAAACCCAGCCAAGGAGCCAUAGAUCUCACUGAAGGUUGUGUAGUGCAGCAUAAAGAUAAACUGAGAACAGCUUUUAGGCCAGUGCUGAAGAGGUGAGGUUAGCCCAGCACCUUUGUGAGAAUCCCGAAGAUGGGUCUAAGCAUCAAUGCUCUUGGCUUGAAAAAUCCUCCGCGAACAGGGAGGAGCCCUGCUCCUUGGAAGCAUUAAAUAUAACUCUUGCGUCCUGUCUUCUUUUCUGGAGGAGCGGUCAUAACAUAUGCACAACUUGCUUUUCAAAAAUGGAUGAGACUAAAACCCCGCUCGGACAGAGAGCGGGGAACUUGAAUAAAUUAUAGACUUUGGCUCAUGCACUGGAUCAUUGUAGUUUCGCACAAGUUUACAAGACAGUACUCCAUCCCCGCCCUGCCACCGCUAUCACUCCGAGUUUGAACAGACCCGCCUCAAGAACCAUCGUGUUCAAUGUACAACUUUGUCAUUUGUAAAAU